AUGGGCUGCGUCCAGAGCUUCAGGGAUCUGUGCGACCGUCCCAAGAACACCAACGUGCGCGUCAGCCUGCCGGUGGUCUGCUUCGUGUGGCAGACGGCCAUGGUCAUCCUGUUUGGCGUCUUCAUCCGCUACAACACCGAGUCGGACGUCCGCUGGCGGGAGUUCAGGAGGACAAACAACAUCUCGAGCGACAUCGAGAAUGACUUCUAUUUCAGAUACCCAAGUUUCCAGGACGUCCAUGUGAUGGUGUUCGUGGGCUUCGGGUUCCUCAUGACCUUCUUGAAGCGCUACAGCUUUGGGGCGGUGGGCUUCAACUUCCUCAUUGCGGCCUUCGGCCUCCAGUGGGCGCUGUUGAUGCAGGGCUGGUUCAGCUCCCUGGACACCGACGGGAAGAUCAAGAUCGGCGUUGAGAACCUGAUCAACGCGGACUUCUGCGUGGCCGGCUGCCUGAUCGCCUACGGCGCAGUGCUGGGGAAGGUGAGCCCGGUGCAGCUGCUGGUGCUCACCCUGUUCGGGAUCACCCUGUACGCCGUGGAGGAGUACAUCAUCCUGUCCAUCAUACACGCCAGGGACGCUGGAGGCUCCAUGGUGAUCCACACCUUCGGGGCUUAUUAUGGUCUGGCCAUCUCGUGGAUGCUGUACCGGCCCAACCUGGAGCAAAGCAGCCGUCUGCAGGGCUCUGUGUACCACUCAGACGUGUUCGCUAUGAUCGGCACCCUGUUCCUGUGGAUGUUCUGGCCCAGCUUCAACUCGGCCCUGACGGACCACGGGGACGGGCAGCACCGGGCCGUCAUCAACACCUACCUCUCCCUGGCCUCCACGGUGCUCACCAGCGUGGCCGUCUCCAGCCUGUUCCAGAAGCAGGGGAAGCUGGACAUGGUGCACAUCCAGAACGCCACCCUGGCCGGGGGCGUGGCGGUGGGCACGGCGGCCGAGUUCAUGCUGAUGCCCUACGGCUCGCUCAUCGUGGGGUUCUUCUGCGGCAUCAUCUCCACCCUGGGAUACAUCUACCUCACGCCCUUCCUGGAGAAGCACCUGAAGAUCCAGGACACCUGCGGGGUCCACAACCUCCACGCCAUGCCGGGGGUGAUCGGGGGGGUGGUGGGCGCCAUCACGGCCGCCGCCGCCACAGAGACCGUCUAUGGAAAAGAAGGGCUGAUAAACACAUUUGACUUUGAUGGUGACUUCAAGGGCACAACCCCUAGUAGGCAGGGGGGCAUGCAGGCAGCCGCGCUGUGUGUGGCCCUCGUCUUCGGCAUCGGGGGGGGCAUCUUCGUCGGGUGCAUUCUAAGGUUACCUAUAUGGGGAGAUCCUGCAGAUGAGGACUGCUUCGAUGACCAGUUCUACUGGGAGUUACCUGAAGACGAAGAGAGUGUUGAACCUGUCCUUGAAUACAAUAACCACACAAUAAGGAACAAAAACGUAGCGGAAACCAUUUUCAGUGUUGAGCAGACCUGACCUGUCUGCUUCCUGCAGGAAGCCUGGUACCUUGUCCCACGGUUUCGAACCUUCAAACUGAUCAAACAAGGCACUUAGGACUAGUCUAAUAAUGGCUCCUAUAUCUCUCUACAUUUAUCAAAAGUUUUAAAAUAGGAAUGGGAUGGCGAACUUUCCCUCUUCAAACGCAAAUAUGGGGGAUUUGCCGCUUGGCAUA